GCGCCUUCCCAGCGUGCUCCGAGCGCGCGGGCGGCGAGCACUUAAGUCUGCGAGCGAGGGCGCCGGAGCCUCCCGAGCUGAGUCGAGGCGCCCCGGGCGGCCCAGACGACAGGAGGACCACCCGCACGCACGCCGCCGGCCGCCAUGAAGCCCCCCGCAGCCUGCGCUGGGGACGUUGUGGACGCGGCACCCCCGCGCUCCUCGCUGAAUCUCCUGCGCUGGGACCUGAGUGCGCAGCAGAUCGAGGCGCUGAGCAAGGAGCUCAUGGAGCAGACGAAGCGUGUGUACGACCGCGUGGGCUCCCAGGAUUUCGAGGACGUGUCCUACGAGAGCACGCUGAAGGCCCUGGCUGAUGUGGAGGUGACCUACACGGUGCAGAGGAAUGUCCUGGACUUCCCGCAGCACGUGUCCCCGUGCAAGGACAUCCGCACAGCCAGCACAGAGGCUGACAAGAAGCUCUCGGAGUUCGAUGUGGAGAUGAGCAUGAGGCAGGACGUGUACCAGAGGGUCGUGUGGCUUCAGGAGAAAGUCCCAAAGGACUCCCUGCGGCCUGAGGCAGCGCGCUACCUAGAGCGGCUGAUCAAGCUGGGCCGGAGGAACGGGCUCCACCUCCCUCAGGACACACAGGAGAAGAUCAAGAGCAUCAAGAAGAGGCUGAGCCUGCUGUGCAUCGACUUCAACAAGAAUCUGAAUGAGGACACGACCUUCCUGCCCUUCACGCGAGAGGAGCUGGGCGGGCUCCCCGAGGACUUCCUGAACUCGCUGGAGAAGACGGAGGAUGGCAAGCUCAAGGUCACCCUCAAGUACCCACACUACUUCCCGCUGCUCAAGAAGUGCCACGUACCCGAGACGCGCCGCCUGCUGGAGGAGGCCUUCAACUGCCGCUGCAAGGAGGAGAACUGUGCCAUCCUGAAGGAGCUGGUGUCCCUUCGGGCGCAGAAGGCCAGCUUGCUGGGGUUCCAAACACACGCCGACUAUGUCCUGGAGAUGAACAUGGCCAAGACCAGCCAGACAGUAGCCACCUUCCUAGACGAGCUGGCGCAGAAGCUGAAGCCGCUGGGCGAGCAGGAGCGCGCGGUGAUCCUGGAGCUGAAGGAGGCGGAGUGCACCAGGCGGGGGCUGCCGUUCGAUGGGCGCAUCCACGCGUGGGACAUGCGCUACUACAUGAACCAGGUGGAGGAGACGCGCUACCGCGUGGACCAGCACCUGCUCAAGGAGUACUUCCCCAUGCAGGUGGUCACUCAGGGGCUGCUGGCCAUCUACCAGGAGCUGCUGGGGCUGGCCUUCACGCUGGAGGAGGGGCCCGCCUGGCACGAGGACGUGCAGCUCUAUUCUGUGCGCGACGCCGCCUCGGGGGACGACAUCGGCAAGUUCUACCUCGACCUGUACCCCAGGGAAGGGAAGUACGGCCACGCGGCCUGCUUCGGCCUACAGCCCGGCUGCCUUCGGCCAGAUGGCAGCCGGCAGCUGGCCAUCGCGGCCAUGGUGGCCAACUUCACCAAGCCCACGCCCGACACGCCUUCGCUGCUGCAGCACGACGAGGUGGAGACCUACUUCCACGAGUUCGGCCAUGUCAUGCACCAGCUCUGCUCACAGGCGGAGUUUGCCAUGUUCAGCGGCACGCAUGUGGAGCGGGACUUUGUGGAGGCGCCCUCGCAGAUGCUGGAGAACUGGGUAUGGGAGAAGGAGCCGCUGAUGCGCAUGUCCCGGCACUACCGCACGGGCAGCGAGGCCCCUCAGGAGCUGCUCGACAAACUCAUCAAGUCCCGCCAGGCCAACGCAGGUCUCUUCAACCUCCGGCAGAUUGUCCUUGCCAAGGUUGACCAGGCGCUGCACACGCAGACAGACGCAGACCCAGCUGAGGAGUAUGCCCGGCUCUGCCAAGAGAUCCUUGGGGUGCCUGCCACUCCAGGGACCAACAUGCCAGCCACUUUCGGGCACCUGGCGGGUGGCUACGACGCCCAGUACUAUGGCUACCUGUGGAGUGAGGUGUAUUCCAUGGACAUGUUCCACACUCGCUUCAAGCAGGAGGGCGUGCUGAGCCCCAAGGUUGGCAUGGACUACCGGACCAGCAUCCUGAGGCCGGGGGGCUCUGAAGAUGCCAGCACCAUGCUGAAGCAGUUCCUGGGCCGUGACCCCAAGCAGGACGCCUUCCUCCUGAGCAAGGGUCUGCAGGUCGAGGGGAACGAGCCUCCUGCCUGCUGACCGCUCCCCACUUGCCGCCCUGUGCCUUAGCCCAGCCAGCCUGGGGCCUACGGAUGAGCUGGGGGUCAUUCUCCACCCUGUCAUACCCGGCUCCAGGUCCCCUGGCCUCAGGCUGCCCCAGUGGCUUCCUUCUUGCACUAGCCCCUCCCCAGCACCUGGUGGUGGAUGUGGCUCUCUGUCCCCUGCAGCGCAGGCAGCCAUUAACCUUCACACAGGCACCCUGCCUGCCCCUCCCUCUGCACUGCUCUGCCCACAGGCGUGGCCUGCUGUCCCAGUGCUCUGGGCUGUGACAUUUUUGGGUCACAUGACAGUCCAGCUGUUGGAGGGUGCUAGGGGAUGGUGCCAGGGUUAGCUGCCCAGUGCGUCACUCAGGGUCAUGUUCUCAACAAGCGGUUUCUGGACCUUUCUGGGGGAAGGUGGGGAGCAAGCCUCGGUGAGGCGCGGCCACUCGCUGGCUGUGUACAGUAUUGCGACCUCUAGCUGCCAUUAAAUCUGCAUUAAAAAAAAGACACGUAGCCCA